AUGGCAGAUCUGCGGCAUUGUUCUCGCGAGUUUUUGACGGAUUUUAUUUCACAUUAUAAAAGUUUUCCGUGCCUUUGGCGAGUUAAAUCUAAAGAGUACAGUGACAGGGACAAAAAGGGGGAAGCGUACGAGAGAUUGGUUGAAAAGUUCAAAGAAAUAGAUGUCAACGCGAGCAGGGAGACAGUGGUGAAGAAAAUCAAUUCUUUGAGAAGCGUUUAUCGCAAAGAAUUGGCAAAGGUAAACAAAUCGAUUCGAUCUGGGGCUGGAGAAGACGAAAUUUACAAGCCAUCUCUGUGGUAUUUCGAUUUGCUGCAUUUUCUCAAUGAUCAGGAGACACCAAGGCCGUCGAGGAAUACCACGGACGAAAGUGAAGAGUCUGUAAACUGCGACGAAUCAUCACAACUGGUGGAAGACGAUGUGCAAGAAACUGUUAUUGACAGUGGGCCCAGUGAAGCUGCUACUACCCCUGCUACUCCUGCUUCCGAAGCAUCUACGAGUACUUCCCAUUCUGUCAAUACCUCGCACAAGUUAACUCGUAACAAGAGGAAGGCUGUUGGGAAUGAUGAUGGCACAAUUGAAGUCCUGCAGGUGAUAGGGAAGAAACUGGAAUCGCUACAGGCAGAUGAUGCAUUUCAGGUAUUCGGAAAACAUGUGGCUAAUAAACUCAGAGAAGUCCCGAAUUCACAAAACAUAAUUGCUCAGAAACUAAUUUCCGACGUUUUAUUCGAAGCUGAGUUGGGUACGCUUACCAGAAAUUUUCGAAUUGUUGACAUGAAAAGCCAGCGACAAGAUGAUUUUGGUUCAAUGAAUGCCACGAAUUAUUGGCCUCAACAGAAUACGCCACAUCAAAUCAGAAUGCAACAAAAUCUUUCUUCACAAGUUGGACAAUACCACUCCUUCUCGCAGCAGCCGCAGCCUAUGCCACAUAACUACGCCCCAGAACAAAUACCUCACACUCAGGAGUAUAAAACAAUUGGGAAAAUUCCGGCAGUUUCAUGCAUCAUCCCACAGCAAGGUGAACAAGAUGUACAGACACGCGCCCACCAAGCCCCUGCCCACUCUCCCGAAUCCGGCGAAGACGCGAAGCGUAUUGUGGUUUGGGAAAAUGGAGACUUUAAUGGCGAAGGUCGCGCGAUUUUCAUCAACCCGAAAUAUGUUCAAACUUGGGACGACGUUCUCAGCAUCUUGACGGACGUUUUGCGACCGAAAGGUGGCUCAGUCAGCAAGUUGGUAAACUUGAGGAGCGAAGAAGUUGUUGAAUCCUUCGAACAGUUGGAAUCAAACGGGAGAUAUGCUGCGGUGAUCGAUCCAAAUAUGAAGCUAUCUAUAUCACGGUUCAAGACCUUAAGCCAAGGACGCGGAUUAGAUCGGACAAGACGUCUUCCGGAAAAGGUCGAUGCGGGAGUCGCAGACCGGGAAACUCCGACAUACGAGAUGUGCCGAAACGUUGCAUUAACGCAGACGGAAGUAGUCGCUAGGGGCGGGGCGUUGACUCAUCAUCCUGCGGGGUGUUUCUGCGGUCCUGAAGCAUGCGAUAGUGGGUAA